AUGUGGUUUGAUAUUAAAAGAAAACCGUCGUGUAGUGAUGGAGGAAGACACGUCUUAAGAAUGAUACAGUUGUCAUGCUACUUGAACAACGAAUUGAAGGCAGUCAUCGAUUCUGUUAUCAAACGAAAAGCCACAUUAUAUUUCAACAGUUUUGAAAAAUACUUAAAAAAGCAACCUAUUACAUUGGACCCAUUAGAGUAUGGUUGGAUUGAGCACGACGAUAAAUUGGUAUGUAAAUGGUUCGAAGGAGAUCAACUCCCAACUUCCGUGAGUGACUUGAUUACCCAAGUCCCUGAUUCCGAUUCAAUGGAUGAUGAAGACGAGUCACACCACGACAGACAUGAUUCUGAUGAUGAUGAUGAAUGA